AGCAGUGAACUUCAUCUCACACACACACAAGUUUUAUUUCUUGCAAAUCCUUUCUGGCAAUAAAAUGUCAUGAAUUGAGCAUCAUUCAACAGGGAAGGCAGUCUAACUUAAGGUAAUGUGUAUAUGUCUUGAGGAUUUCUGUGGAGGUUAGGGAGGGAGAUCCAAGUUUGGCACCAUGCGUAACGGGACGCUGACGCGUAAGCGGCGCUCUUAUGGAAUAUAGCUUGCUGUUCUGUCAGACCUCGUGUGCCGUUUCGUUUCACCCGGGAAAAAGUAGACUUGUAGUGGCGUGCGUCAUGCUGACUCUUUGGGCGUACAUGCUUUACUGCUGCGUUGGUUAUUGCGCUUCGGUGCCGAGGUUCGCUGCGGACUCGGACGGGAUGUGGACGAAGCCGGAGACUGCGGACUCCUUUAUCAGCUCGGGAAGGGACGCUUACUCCAAAGCGCACUCGAGGGACUUGUUAAACAAUGAGAAUGAGCUGGACAGCAGAGCAGACGAGUGGGAGGAGAGCAAGGCUGAGCUAAGGACUGUGGAGGACGGGACAGGAGCGACAGGUGCCGACAAUGGGACGGAGGUGAAGAAGCUGCCCCAGGCCAUCAUCAUCGGGGUGAAAAAGGGCGGCACGCGUGCGCUGCUCGAGUUCCUGCGCGUGCACCCUGACAUCAGGGCUGUGGGCGCAGAGCCGCACUUCUUUGAUCGGAACUACGAUAAAGGACUCGAGUGGUACAGAGAGCUGAUGCCUAAGACUAUAGAGGGCCAAAUUACCAUGGAAAAGACCCCUAGCUACUUUGUGACCAAGGAGGUCCCAGGCCGCAUCUACGCCAUGUCGAAGGACACUAAGCUGAUCGUGGUCGUGCGGGACCCAGUUACACGAGCCAUCUCAGAUUAUACUCAAACACGUUCCAAGAAACCAGACAUACCCUCCUUUGAGAGCCUGACCUUCAAGAAUGCAACAGCAGGCGUGAUUGAUGCCACAUGGAGUGCCUUGCAGAUUGGUAUGUAUGCCCGGCACCUGAAGCACUGGCUGCAGUUCUUCCCGCUCAGUCAGAUCUUGUUUGUGAGUGGUGAGCGGCUAAUCACUGACCCAGCUGGUGAGAUGGCACGUGUGCAGGACUUCCUGCACUUGAGGAGGUUGGUCACAGAGAACCACUUCCACUUCAACCCAGCCAAGGGCUUCCCAUGCCUGAAGAAGCCAGCAAGCAAGAGCAAGCCCCACUGCCUAGGCAAAACCAAAGGACGCACCCACCCAAACAUCCAUCCUACUGUUGUGCGUCAACUGCAAGACUUCUACAAGCCAUUUAACAAAAAAUUUUACCUCAUGACUGGGCAAGAUUUUGGCUGGGAUUGAUAAAUGGCAAAAAAAAAAACCACACACUUUGUAAAAGAUUUUAUUUGUGUAAAAAGAACAGAAGUCUAUUUUAUGAUAAUUUAUUGCAGUCAUUCCAUUUUUAUGGAAAUUGGUGAGCUUAUUAUUUAAUAGGUUUGAGUAAUUGCAUUACCAAAUUGGGAACUUUGUAGUGAAUGACCAAUAGGGAUUCAAAUGAGGAGAAACAUCCCCAAAAGGAAGACAAAAGCACAAUGAAAUUAGUAACGGGUAAACAGUGAGCCAGUCUUGCGCAGAGAAAAUGUUCUUUUCCUUCAAUCCAUCCAUCAAGCAAUAGCAUCUCUUUCAGUGCCCAUACAAUUCUUAUCCUUAGAAGCCAUCCAGACCCUAAUCAAAUUUUUCCAGGAGACCAUUAUCUCAUAAUCCUUUCUCAUCAUUUGAUUAAUCUCAGAGAAAGGGUCUUUUAGGAUGGGUCAGUUUUGGGUGCCAGCUGAUCCACGAGAAGUUCAGGUUGAUCAAUACACUAAAUGAUACACAACAUCAAUUAUGAAGAAAAAAAUGGGACAGACCAAAGCUCUAAGAAUAAAAAAAAAAAAUCAGUCAGUCAUUAUAUUGAUUAAACCCUGGAAGGAUUUCAUAAUAAUAUUGGAACGGACUUUAUUUGGCAACAGUGGUUAAUGUGUAUAUGAAAUAUAAUUUUUAUAAUGAUACUUUUAUAAGUGAACAAUUCUAUCUGAAGCCUGGGAACCAUUGAGAAUUUAAACUAGGUCUAAUGUUGCCAAAAUGUGCAGCCAUUUUGAGUAGGGAGUUAACAAACCUCUCCAUACCAUAAUCAAAUUUUUCUUACAUGGGAGGGGAGGUUGUAGUGUCAUGUCCUUGGUAUUUUGUUGAACAGGAUAGGGAGGACAAAUACUCCCAAAUUCUUCAGCAGAGCAGAGCUGGACCAUCGGACCUAUUUGGAUGACCUCAGAAAUGGACUCUGGAACUAAACAAAAUGAAUAAAUAAACGGAAAUGCUGAUUAAGCCAUGUUUGUCACAAACAUAAAUGGUUUGAGUCAAAGCUAUCAGAGGGCAUGGUUUAAAUUCUCUGGAGAAAAAGAAAAAUGUCACAUUGAUCUUGCUAUUUCAUAACACACUGUAUUUUCAAUAGUUUAUGUUAACAGAGACUUGAAUAUCUACAACAUGGAAAGGAUUUGCUCAAUGUAAGCCAUAAGUUAUAUUUUCAAGCACCGCAACAAAAAGGAAAACCAGUUUCUUUGGACAAAUAUUUUCUGAACAUUUAUGUAAUGUUGGUUGAGUUUUAUUCAACCCUAUUAAAUAUAUUACAUCUUCUCUUCUUUUGGCUUUCC